GCGCGGGGUGGCGGGCCGGCCGCGCUCCGGGGCGCACGGACCAUGGCUCCGUCUCGGGCGCCCGGCCGGGACCGUGCGGGCCGCGAAGCCGAGCAAGGCUGGGAGGCGCUGGGAAACCGCAAGGCCCGGAAGCCCCUGGUGGAGAAGAAGCGGCGCGCGCGGAUCAACGGGAGCCUGCGGGAACUGCGGCUGCUGCUGGCGGGCGCCGAGGUGCAGGCCAAGCUGGAGAACGCUGAGGUGCUGGAGCUGACUGUGCGGCGCGUGCAGGGCGCUCUGCGGGGCCGGGCGCGCGAGCGCGAGCAGCUGCAGGCAGAGGCGAGCGAGCGCUUCGCGGCGGGCUACAUCCAGUGCAUGCACGAGGUGCACACGUUCGUGUCCACGUGCCAGGCCAUCGACGCCACCGUCUCGGCCGAGCUCCUGAACCACCUGCUGGAGUCCAUGCCGCUGCGCGAGGGCAGCAGCUUCCGGAAUCUGCUCGGGGACGCCAUAGCCGGGCCACCGGGAGCCGCCGGGCCAUGCGGCUGGCCCGCGGGAGGGGCCCCGGGAUCCCCACUGUCCAGCCCACCAUGUCCCGGGGACGAGCUGUGCUCCAACCUGGAGGAGGUCUCCGAGGCUGAACUAAGCCGGGCACCUAUCGAGGCUCUAGACUUGGUGCCCACAGCCUUGGGCAGCCUGACUGCAGCACGAAGGGCCCAGAGUGUCUGGAGGCCUUGGUGACCUUCCUAGCCAGGGACCUGCGGAGGUGGGCCUGGCCUUCCCGAGCUUCCUCUGGGGUUCAGAUGUGGUGGAGUAGGCCCCAACACAUGUCCCAUGUCUGCCCUGCCGUCCUGCUCCAGUGGACGGCCAGCCCAGUCAGGCCCUGUUUCUUCAGGGUGUCCCUUCCUUAGACCCGACAGCUCCAUGGGGGAGGGGAGCUCCCGGGAGCAGGGAGUAGGAGCCCCUACAGCGCCAGGGCUUUCCACUCACUGGUCCAGCCUUCCCAGGCCCUCCGCGGGCCCUGGAGGGUAGAGGGGGCAGCGUGGUGCUGAGCUUCUCAGGACCUGAACACAGGAGUCCCAGGCAGGGACUCGGGCUUGAGUGUGCCUCUUCUUCAGUCACGAGAGGUGGAGCCCGGCGUGUUCUGCCCUGGACCUCGGAGCUAUGCUCCACACCUCGUUCGCAGCACAUUUGAGUCUUGCCUAUUUUGCUGCCAACAAUUGUUUCAAUGAAUAGCUACCCCUGACGUCUGUGGUUACUGUGUCAAAGGUGCUAACUAAAGCACAUUUUCCCAUCUGACACUGUUGAAUGUCUUCAGAACUCUAGUCUUUGGCAGCCAAGUGAGUGGGUGCAGACUUCCAAGAUGGGAGGUACUGGAUUCCUGGCCUGCUCUCCCUGGGCCCCACCCCCACCCCCCAGGGGAUCGGGGUGUGUCUUGGUGAUUGGGUUGUUUUGGGACUUGCCCUGAGUUCAAACCCCAACACGACCCAAACCAAAAGGAAUUGCCAAAUCCCUGGUCCAUUGUAGUAAUUUCCCAAGGCAGCCACAAUAAAAGACAGUGAGCACAGUG